AUGGGAAAGUUUGUGUCUAAAGCUAGUAGGGGAGACAAGAGGGCAGCUAGGACAUGUAAGGGUAAGGGUGGUGAUGUGAUAUUUGAGGGUGAGGAUGAUGUAGACAGUGAGGAUUCUGAUUUUGAGGAAUCUCAGAGUGAUGAUGGUGAUGUAGACAGUGAUGAUGAAUCAGACAUAGGGGAUUUCAUUGUUGAGGAGGAGGAGUUGGAAAGUAUGAGGGAUGACAUCCAUGAUAUGUCAUUUGAGGACUGUCUAGAUGGGAGCUCAAAAAGGGACAAGAAUUACAAGAAUGGGAAGGUAUAUGUUGAGCAGCCCUAUGGUUCUAUUAAGCUUGAACCAUGGUUGAUAUUUACAGAUAUGGAAGCCUUCCUGGAUGUCCUAAGAGACUACUGCAUACAGGAGGGGUUUGGGUUGAGUGUUGAGAAGGCAGACAGUAGAAGAUACACUGUUGUUUGUGCAGUGGAGGGUUGUGAUUGGAGGAUACAUGCCUCAAAAAUGGUGGAUAAGUUUAGUUGGACAAUCAAAUCAUUGACUGGGGAGCACAGACAGUGUGGUAGGCUUGAGGUUAACCCCAUAGUGACCACCAAAUGGUUGGUGGGGAAGUUGUUGCCAGAGAUUGAGGCAAACUUAGAUAUUCCUGUCUUAACAUUGAAGAAGAUGACUCAACAGAAGUAUAGGAUACAAGUAAAAACAAGGCUGUUCUACAAGGUUAAAGCAUUGGCUAAGGAGGUUAUUAAUGGGAGUUUUAGUGAGUCCUAUGCACUGAUACCUAGGUAUGCAGAGAUGAUAAAGGAGACUAACCCUGGGAGUUAUGCACUGAUCACAUGGCAUAGUGAUCCUGGGGAUGGAUUUCUUAAGGGGUGUAGGCCAAUAAUAGGAAUUGAUGGAGCUCACCUCAGUGGGUUUUUCAAGGGGAUUCUUCUGUCAGCCUUGGGGAUAGAUGGCAACAAUGAGAUCUUCUUGUUGGCUUAUGGGGUUGUUGACACUGAGAGCUGGAACUAUUUUAUGAGGAACCUUAGGGCACUGUUUGAGAGAGAAGGCUGCAGCAGGGAUGACUGGACAUUCAUCAGUGACCACUAG